UGACAUUUGGCGUUUUGUGUUUGAUUACAUGGUAACGCGUGAGAUUUUUGUAGAUUCACACGUAAUAAUUUAAAAGUCAUAAACAAUAUAUGAUAUAAUUAAGAAUGGCUGUUUCUACAAGUGCCUCAUUUGUGCUGUCUUCUCUGAUAUCAGUAUUAUUAUUCUCUGCAAUGCAAAUUUAUAAGCCAUGGUUAGCUUCUACACAACUAAACACGAUUUUAGGUGGAUACUUAGGAUCAGUUUUAUUUAUAUUUGUAUUGACAGCAAUUGGAAACUUUGAAUGCACCUUUUUUGGACCAGCGUUUCAGUGCAAACUGUUUCCAGAAAUCAUUGUUAGCUUGUUGGGUGCAAUAAUUGCUGCAGGAGCUGUACAUCGCGUUUGUGCAACUACAUGCUUGGUGUUUUCUAUUAUCGCGUUGUACUACAUGAAUCUCAUCUCACAACAUGUUCAUGCUGCGCCUGCUUUAAAUGAAGUGCACACCAAGAAGAAGAGGAAAUAAAUAAAUGAUGAGUUGUAGAUUUUUUCGAUAAAAUAAUGAAAUAUGCAAUUCUCUUUUAUUUAAAUAUAACUUGUACUAUAAUAAAAUAUAAAGUAUCUGAUGGAAUUGAA